CACGUUAAAAGGCACCUGCUAUUUAUUCUGUACAUGUAUAGUUUGCGAACUUUUAGCUCCCUUAUCAGCGAUCAGCUGUGAACCACUACCUAAAUUUUUUAUGAGCAACAUCAGUAGCAAUAUAGAGCUUUCUAAUAAACAAUAAAAUACGCCGUCGACAAACGAUGAAUUUCCCGUGUUCCACCUGGAUUUUUUACAGAUUUGUCUGAAUACUUGAACAGAAACUGCUAUUAUCAAAAUAAGCUCCUUGAUUUAUGAUAUUGAUGUGCAAAAACAAGGCGCAUUCGUUCUCGUGUUCCUUGUUAUACAAAUACAAAUCGCAUGCAUGCAUAAUUAUGUUGAUCCAGCUGUUGCUGAAUGUUGGCUGAAAUAGUGAUGCCGAAUCCCUCCUUCGUAAACCGGCGAGGAACUUAGUACUACUGUACUAGAAGCAGCAAUGGCGGUCGCCGCCAUCGAAGUGGCCAGCGAUGAGAUGAAGGAGUUGCGCCAGCAUCCCGGCGAGGAAAUGGCUCACGCCGCGGUGCACCAUCUGCGCAGCGCCGAGGAGAAGGAGAUAAAAAAACUGCCGCGGUGGUAUUUUGGCGGGCUGGCUUGCAUGACCGGCGCACUCUGCACGCAUCCGCUCGACAUGAUGAAGGUGCACUUGCAAACACACAGUGGAAGGCGUCUGCACAUCUUCCGUUCCCUGUGGCAAGUGGCCCGUCGGGAAGGCCCACGCCGGUUGUAUUCCGGCUUCUCGGCUUCCGUCACCAGAGAAGGUAUUUACUCCGGCAUUCGCUUCUUCAUAUACGAAUGGCUGAAGCCGGACCCCGGCCAGCCAGCGGCGCCCUUUUACCGGAAGGUGGCGACGGCGGUGUGCGCCGGCAGCUGCGGCGCCUUCAUCGGGGCGCCCUUCGAUCUCAUCAACGUCCGCAUGCUCAACGACGUCAAACUGCCGCCGGAGCAGCGCCGACACUACCGCCACGUGCUGGACGGAUUGGCACAAAUUGUCCGGCACGAGGGCGGGCGGCGCCUGUACAACGGGGCCUCGCUGGUGGUUUUGCGCGGCAUCUGCAUCACCGUCGGCCAGCUGUCCUUCUACGACCAAGUCAAGCAGACACUGCUGCGAAUCUCUUACUUUGAGGACAACAUGGUUACGCAUCUCUUAUCUAGUGCCGUCGCGGCGUGCACGGCAGCCACGCUGGCCAUGCCGGUGGAUGUCAUGAAAACGCGGGUACAGAAUUCCAAGCCAGGACAUUACACGAGCAUAUUCCAUUGUGCCAAAGAAAUCGCCGUUGGAGGACCAUUGGCUUUCUACAAGGGAUUCAUCCCGGCUCUGACGCGCAUCAGUAUUCACACCGUCGUUUCCUUCCUAACUUUUGAACAACUACGCAUACAUUUCGGUGCAGACAUCCUUUGAUAAUUCCGUCGCCUAUUUAUUGCAACGUUUAAAUUUCUGUACAAAAAUAACGAAGCUUUAAGGAUCGAAGUGUUUUGGAAAUUGCAUUUAAAAGCUAGAAAAAUAUUGUACAACUUGAGAUUUUGGAAAACAGAAACAUCAGAGGCCGUCAGAAUAAACUGAUAAAGGCACACGGCACACUUGAGACUUAUCCGUGCUCAGGCGUCGCUAAAUCCCAGAAUGUCAUCGGAGGAGC